AUGUCCAAGAUCACAGUCGCCGGAGUGCGUCAGAAUGUCGCUGAGUUGCUCGAGUACAGCAACGAAACCAAGAAGCGCAACUUCCUCGAGACCGUCGAGCUCCAGAUCGGCCUCAAGAACUAUGACCCUCAGCGUGACAAGCGUUUCUCUGGCACCAUCAAGCUGCCCAGCGUUCCCCGCCCCAAGUACGAACCCCCCCCCCCCCCCCCCCCCCCCCUCCGCGACGUGGCAGACACUCUGCGAAUAUCAUUGCUGUACCGCACUUGGGGACGACAAUCCGAUCUCCUGCGAAGGGAACCUGCAGAAUCCCCAUCGACACCGACAUACACUUUGCGACGACCGACAAAAGAUGGCGGCAUCAACAGUGACGGGGAGCGAGUCCUCAACAUCUGGAUGCUCAUCAUGCUCAUCUCGGCCUGCACCAUCCUCGGCGUCAUGGCCACCUUUAUCCAGAUCCAGCAGCAGCUGCUGUUGCCGGUGCCAUGGUACUUCCCGUACUACAUCACCGUCGCCUCGCUGGCCAUCUUCUUCGUCUUCGUCCUGCUGUGGCUCAUCUACACGCGCCGCCUGCUGCCCUCGAUCGUCAUGAUCGGCGGCUUCGUGCUCUUCGUGCUCUGGCUCGUCGGGCUCAUCGUCAUCUCCAUCCAGCUCUGGGGGCCCACGGGCUCCGUCAGCAGCAACUGCAACCUCGCCGUCUUCUCGCAGAACCCGACGGGCCAGACGCUCACGACGCUGGCCUGGCUCGAGCAGAAGAGCAUAUGUCAAUCCUGGCAGGCCAUGUUUGCCUUUGCGCUCGUGGGCGCCAUCUUCCUGCUGUGGAUCAUGGUGAUGGCCUACCAGGUCUUUGCUGAUGGUUGA